AUGGCCAUCGCCGUUGCCAACUGUAGCCAGACGCCCUUGGCUUCGCUCGACAAAGGGGGACACCCGCCAAAACAGAGCAUGUGGCAGCGAUUGGGUUGGCGGAAAUUGCUGGGCCGCGACGACCGAGACACGUCCGGAGACAGUCAAGAUGAAACUUCUCCUUCCGACCACUCCCGCGCCAAACAUGACAACUUGACACGUCGGAUCUCGCGAAAGGUUGGUGUUGGGCUCCCUAAAAAUCCCAAGCGACAGAGUGCCGACUUCGAGCGACUGGCGCCUCGGGAGCCAGACCAUCGCCGUGCCCUAUCCGCCGACCGCCGUCCGAUGAGCGCACAACGAACCAGAACCAGGUCUCCACCGCCAACCGACCCCAGACAAUCCGCACCCGAGAUUCAGUGGCUCGGCCCGCCCACAACCACGGUCGACGAUAUCGAACCAGAACCCGAAGACGAUGGAAUUGACGAUAUGUCGGAACAUUGGGACCCCUAUCCAGAUCCUGACCCCGAAUUCGACAUGGACAUGGACAUGGACGUCUCGAAAGUCCCGGAACCAGAAGUGGAGGAUAUAAUUGAUUUGGAGAUGGAGCUGGAACAGCGGUGGAUUUUGAAUCUCAGCAUGCACUUCCGAGAUCGCUCCGAACGCGAGAAAUUCUUCGUGACGUACGCGGAGACUCCAAACCGCUGGCGGCGAGUCACGGUCUCCUGCGACUAUCGCGAUGCACCACCCGACUCAUUGGAGGGGGAAUUAAAGGGGCUCCGAUAUCAACGCGACAAAUGCGCCCGGAUCUACGAGUCCAUUCGUGAGUCCUUGCUGGGAAUUCGUUUCUACGACGGUGUCACGAACUUGAAGCUCGAAACAAGUGACGGUCAGUUACACGUCUUCGUCACGGAGGACGUCAACGAAACAAUUCCAUACCCGCCCAUCUCCAGCAUUGGGCACUUGGUGGGAGCUCCGAUGGUCCCUGAACACAUGCUACACUUCGAAUCGCAUUUAUCGGGUUUUGUUUACAAGGUAAACUUUGGUGGACGUUACUAUAUAAAAAAAGAGAUUCCAGGCCCGGAUACAGUCGACGAGUUCCUGUACGAAAUCAACGCCCUUCAUGCUUUGAACGGCAUCCCAAGCGUGAUCCAAACGGAAGGAAUCGUGAUUGAUGAGGAAAAGUGUGUUGUGAAAGGCCUAUUGAUUAGCUACGCCGAACAGGGUGCAUUGAUUGAUAUUCUGUAUGAAAACCGCGGAAGAACAGAGUUCAAACGACGCGAACGCUGGGCGAAGCAGAUCGUCCAGGGACUAUGUGAGAUCCACGAGUCCGGCUACGUUCAAGGCGACUUCACGCUCGCAAACAUCGUCGUGGAUGCGGCCGACAAUGCCAAAAUCAUCGAUAUCAACCGAAGAGGCUGCCCUGUAGGAUGGGAGCCUCCGGAGAUUGCGGCAAAAAUUGAGAGCAACCAACGCAUCUCCAUGUACAUCGGUGUCAAGACCGACCUCUUCCAGCUAGGAAUGACUUUGUGGGCAUUAGCAAUGGAAGACGACGAACCAGAGCGACAGCCACGGCCCCUUUUCCUCAGUGAGGACGCAAAGGUGCCGGACUACUAUCGGCGCAUAGUACAGAUUUGCCUGAGCCCCAACCCCCGACACAGGCUGUCGGCGAAGGAGCUUCUCGCCUUGUUUCCCCCUGACAUGCGCACAGUUCGCAUGCCAGCAGUCCGGCCGUUACACAUAGUUCCCAAUGAUCCCGAAUACUUCCCGACCCGACAUGACUACGGAUGGUCACAGCCUGCUCCGGCCGAGCUGAAGAUGGCUGACCCGCGGGACCUGGCGCGACACCCAGACCAAUACUACCCUCCUCACGAGUUCUCAGACAACGUGUACCGCGAUCUGCAGCAACCCAUCUUUGAUAAACACGACCUUGAAAAGCGUUCAGCAAUCACACUCGCAGACGCCAACGGAGCCACAGCCUUUUCCUCCAAACCAUCUUCAUCUUCAACCCUCAAUCAUCAUGAAUCCAAUAAUGAUGAAUACAACCACUCCCGCUACACUGAUGAACAAUCACACUAUGAGCCUUGGGGGAACCAAAGUAGUGAAGCCGUUCCAGUCUCGCACGACACUCCCGGAAGUAAUAUGGCAACCACUAUGAACCAACCUGUCUAUGCCAAACCCCCUACGAAUACCCAGCCCCCUUCAUCUCGUAUGUCGACUGGAUCGACAACUGAAAGCCACCGAGACUUGCCUGUGUCUGAAAUUACUACCAGUCCUCUCAAGGUACCACUUUCUAUUCCACAACCCCAAGACGAGCUUCAAUCGACCACCAAAGAAGACCUUCUCUCAUCUUCUUGCUUGACCAUCAACCCUGCCCUCUCUUCGUCUCAAAUCUCUGAAGGCCAUCAAAAUGCCCCCACAACGACCAUACCGCCCUCCACCCCGACUAAACGAAACGACCUCGAUCAACCAAAAACCACCAAUACCGUUGCUCCAUUUACGGGCCAAUCGCCCGCGAUGUCUUUGCUCACCUCCGCUUCUUCUAUCAGCCCCAAAGCCGGUAUCACCGGUGCUUCUCUCGGACUCGGUACCAAGUUCCCAGCAGCUUCGCCUUUCACCAACAUGCUCAGGCAAUCCGGAGGCCAGCCGCCUUUUAAAUCGGCGGAUGUUAAACCUUCAAUGAACUCACACACAACAGCAUCACCUGUGCAGCCCUUCGUCUCCUCUGUCUCUGCCCUGGAUUCCACAAAGGCCUGCCUAGCUGGCCCAACCUCCACCACCUCUGCCGAACUAUCACCCGCUGAGCGGCCCAAAACCGGAGCUCCCAUCCAACCUCGAACAAAUGCCAUUGACAUUAAACCCACUUCAUACACUGAGCCAGACUCAUCGUCUCUGCACGGUUCUAGCUUGCCCAUCAGCCCUGCCUCAGUGAACUCGGAGGAGGCCAAGGCAGUCACUCAAGUUGCGAGGCGGCAGUCCAAGUCCCGCGACUCCAAACCAACAUGGACUACUCCGUCUAACUUGACAACGUCGCUGCUUCAUUCAGGGCUGCCAGUCAGCCCUGUCUCGGCGAACCAUUAUUCGGAAGACAAGGCCGCAAAACCAUCUCACGCGAAACCUGCCAGUGGUCAUCCCAUGCUGUUGAGGUCGCCAGACUCAACCUCCUCUUUGAUUGACUCUCGACUUCCUAUCAGUCCUGCAACGGUGAACUCAAAGUCCAUUGCAGAGGCCGUCAACCAGCCGUACACCUCAUCUGUCAGUGCGAAAUCAGCCUUCACCAAGUCAUCGGACUCGGUGCGCUCUCUCGUCGACUCUCAACUUCCCAAAAGUCCCGAACCGACAAAUUUGGCUUCAGUUCCAGAGACCCUGGCACAGCCACCUUCAAAGCCUGUCAACAUCGCACCGCUCUCGGCAAAUUCAUCAGAACCCUCAUCAGAGCCCUUUCCAUUGCUAAGCUCGAGCUUGCCGAUAAGCCCUGCUUCACUUGACGCAGCACCUCCGGUGACCUCCGUGAGCCCCAAACAAGUACGAGGCCCGUCGAACCUUUUGGAUUCUAGCCUACCAAUCAGUCCUGCUUCGGUGAACUCAUCUACCCCUGCCCCGGCAAUGAACCACCCACCAUCAAAGUUUGAGAUUCUCAAACCCACACCGGCACGGGCAUCAGACUCGUCCUCGCUGUUGGGCUCUAGCUUACCAAUAAGCCCUGCAUCGGUCAAUUCAAGGCCUGCAAUGAUCCCGAACGACGCAUUUGCAAAGUCCACUGCCAAGUCUGGAUUGGCGAGGUCUUCCGACCAAAUCACCCUCCUCGGUUCGAGCCUACCCAUAAGCCCUGCUUUCACGGGCCCAGAAGCCAGCCCCGCUGCACCCGUUGCGCAUCGGCAAUCUCUGAGCCAGAUGCGCCCAACUCGGCACCAGACCCCAACCCACUCUUCUCGAGCCACGUCUUCAAAAUAG